AUGGCUUCAGAAAAGGUGAAAAAGAGAAGCCCGAGAGCUUGGGAUGCUCUUAAUCCCCCUCUUGCAGAAUGGAUUCGCGAUGCUGUCGCAACCAUGGGCUUUAGCCAAAUGACACCCGUCCAAGCUGCAACAUUACCGCAUUUCCUUGGAAACAAAGAUGUUGUUGUUGAGGCAGUCACUGGUAGUGGAAAAACCCUUGCCUUUCUCAUCCCGCUUGUACAAAAACUUUUGCGACUUAGCGAACCCACGAAGAAGCAUCAUGUUGCUGCGAUAAUCGUCUCUCCUACUCGCGAACUGGCUGCUCAGAUUCAUACUGUUCUUAUAAAUCUGUUACAAUUCCACGAAGCUUCGGCUGAAAUACUCCCGCACCUCAAAGGCGACGAAAAACGACCUUCUACCACUGUACCCGCCAUCGUCCCCCAGCUGCUCGUUGGGGGCACCACGACCACCGCCCAAGAUCUGAGCUUCUUCCUUCGAAACAGUCCUAAUGUUCUUAUCUCCUCGCCCGGCCGACUUGUCGAACUCCUGUCUUCACCUCACGUCCACUGCCCUCAAUCCUCUUUCGAGGUUCUCGUUCUCGAUGAGGCCGAUCGACUUCUUGAUCUUGGCUUUAAGCCUGAUUUGCAGAAAAUCCUAUCACAUCUUCCCAAACAAAGAAGAACGGGUCUUUUCAGCGCCAGUGUUAGUGAGGCUGUUGGAGAGAUCAUCCGAGUUGGUUUACGAAAUCCCGUCAAGAUUGAAGUCAAGGUUAAGAUGAAGGAUGGCGGAAUUCUUGAAGAUAGGAAAACACCUGCCAGUCUCCAGAUGGCAUAUAUGGUCAAGCCUGCGAGUCAAAAACUGCCUGCCCUGGUAGAACUUCUUCGACAAUUACCUAUCAAACCCCAACGGAGCAUUGUUUUCCUGUCAACAUGCGCUGCUGUCGAUUACUUCCAGCAUGUUCUGCCUGCGAUCUUACCAGAGGGCUUUGCGCUGGUACCUUUACAUGGAAAGCACCCGGCUAAAGUACGAGAGAAGAACUUCAACCGCUUUUUGAACUCUGUUGCCCCUACAAUACUACUCACAACCGAUUUGGCAGCUCGUGGAUUAGAUAUUCCUCAGGUUGACUUGGUGGUUCAGAUCGAUGCUCCUUCAGAUCCCAAGGCGUUCAUUCACCGUAGUGGAAGAGCUGGCCGUGCAGGCCGAAAAGGUCUGGCUGUGGUUAUGUUGCACCCUGGGCGAGAGGAGGACUACGUGCAAUUUUUGGAGAUUCGCAAGACACCAAUUUCAAAGCUGGAGAAGCCAGCCGUUUUUACAACAGAGGAGGAUGCUGUGGCUGCUACAAAGAAGAUGAGGGACCUAGUGUUGACGGACAGAGCACUUUUCGACAAGGCUCAGAAGGGGUUUGUGAGUUGGGCUCGAAGCUACGGCGCUCAUCAGGCAACAUCUAUCUUCCGCGCAGCUGAUCUCGACUGGGCUGAUCUCGGCAAUGCAUGGGGCCUGCUUCGCAUGCCCAGGAUGCCUGAGCUCAAGGGCUGGAAGGGCGACAAGAUGUGUGGUCUCGAAAUCGACUGGGACAAUUACGCCUACAAGGAGAAGACACGCGAGCAAGCACGAAAAGCAGCUCUCGAAGAGGAAAAGUCCGGAGAGAAGAAGGGCAAGAGCGACGAGACAAAGCGAAAGCGAAAGAACAACGAAGCAUGGAGCGCUAAGCACGAAAAGGAGGAUGAGAGAGUUGAGCGCAGGGAGAAGCGACGUAAGCGCCGUGAGGCUGAGGCCACAUCCAAGAUGACGGACGAAGAAAAGGUUAAGCAAAUGGAGCUAAACGAACUCAUCGCCGAGGUCCGGAGACAGAACCGCGAAAAGGCUGCUGCUGAAGCUGCGGCGGCCAAGAAGGACAAGGAGGAUGAGUUUGCGGGCUUCGAUGACUAA